AUGGCUUUAGUUAGUUUUCUAGGAGAAGGCGCUUCACUUGUAAGGCCCCCUGCCUUCAAUGGAACCGCAUAUAUGUAUUGGAAACAUAGGAUGCUGAUAUUUUUAGAAGCUAGUGGUAUUUAUAUUCUUGAUGUUGUUGAAAAUGGACCCUUUAUACCUGAAAUGGCUGGCACUGAUAAUCUACUGAUUCCUAAACCCAGAUCCGAAUGGUCUGAGGAUGACAAAAGAAAAGAAACGCAUGAAGGCACCACAAACGUGAAAAGAGCUCGUGUAAAUACACUCAUGUAUGAAUACGAAUUAUUUAGCAUGAAGAAAGAUGAAUCCAUCAGUGAUCUGCAAACCAGGUUUACACACAUAGUAAACAACCUUCACGCUCUGGGAAAACAUGUAGAAAAUGAACAGCAGAUUGGAAAAAUCAUGAGAAGUUUAACCAGAGAAUGGCAGCCGAAGAUAACUGCUAUAGCUGAGUCAAAAGAUCUGGCAAAAAUGACCAUCGCAACACUUUUUGGAAAGCUAAGGGAACACGAAAUGGAGUUACAUAGACUAGAUGAGUCAGAGCAUGAUAUCAGGAAACAGAAAGGACUAUCUUUGAAAGCCCAAACGCACAAAUCAAAACCUGAACAAGACAGUUGCUCAGAUGAGUCAAGCAGGCAUGUAAAGUCUGAGUGUCACAAGGUGCAAGACAAAAAUAGGACUACAAAUACUAAAGACAAGGAACCAGCUCACAAAACCAGAAGAGCAUAUAUUGCAUGGAGUGACAACGAAGAAUCAUCUACUUCCUCAGAAGAAGCAAAUCUAUGUCUUAUGGUGUGCUUGACAUCCAAUAGGCACCCUUGGUACCUAGAUGGAGGAUGCUCAAAGCACAUGACAGGAGACAGGUCUAUAUUCUUGUCUUUAACAGUAAAGGAAGAAGGAUUUGUUCAAUAA